CACAGAAUGGCUAAGACAGCUUUAAGUGCAGGGUGAAUUUUUUUUUCUCAGUUUGCCUUGUGUUUUCCACUCUGAAAGAAUGUUGUGGCUGCUCUUUUCCCUGGUGACUGCUACUUACGCUGAACUCUGUCAACCAGGUGGAGAAAAUGCUUUUAAAGUGAGACUUAGUAUCAAAACAGCUCUUGGAGAGAAAGCAUAUGCCUGGGAUGUGAAUGAAGAAUAUCUUUUCAGAGCGAUGGUGGCUUUCUCCAUGAGAAAAGUUCCCAACAGAGAAACAACAGAAAUUUCUCAUGUCCUACUUUGCAAUGUAACCGAGAGGGUGUCAUUCUGGUUUGUGGUUACAGACUCUUCAAAAAAUCACACACUUCCUGCUGCUGAGGUACAAUCAGCCAUAAGAAAGAAUAGGAACCGGAUCAACAAUGUCUUCUUUUUGAAUGACCAAACUCUGGAAUUUUUAAAAAUUCCUACUACUCUUGCACCACCCCUGGACCCAUCUGUGCCUGUCUGGAUUAUUAUAUUUGGUGUGACAUUUUCCAUCAUCAUAGUUGCAAUUACACUGCUGAUCUUAUCAGGAAUCUGGCAACGUAGAAGGAAGAACAAAGAACCAUCUGCAGUGGCUGAUGAUGAAGAUAAGUGUGAAAACUUCACAAUUGAAAAUGGCAUUCCCUGCGACCCCUUGGACAUGAAGGGAGGGCGCAUUAAUGAUGCCUUCAUGACAGAGGAUGAGCGGCUCACCCCUCUCUGAAGGGCCACUGUUCUGCUUCCCUGAGAAAUUUAACGCUUGUUUCUGCACUACUGCUGAGUAUCCCAAUAUCAAGGGCAGAUCAUAUAUUUUGUUUCACUAUCCUUCUUUUGUAAUAAAUCUUGAAUGUGCUUCAAAAUGAAAGGCAACCAAUUAUACCCACAAACCCACUGAAAUCAUAAGUUAUGAAUACUCGAAAUAUUCUAAAAUAUUUUUCUAACAGCAUAGUGUAUAAUUUUGGCCAUGUGGUGUUUAUAGUUAUUGAUGUAAGCAUUUCCAAAAAUAUGGUCAGAGAUGGAUAUAUAUAUAUAACAUAUAUAAUUUUAUAUAUAUAUAAAAUUUUUUACAUUUCAACAACCUAAGGAAAAAUAAUUUUUUCCACUGGGAAAUACCUAUAAUAUGGUAUAGAAAUCAUUGAAAAUGGAUCCUUUUUGAAUAUCACUUAUAUCACUCUAUAUAUGACUAAGCAAAAGUAAAACAUGUUGCAAAUGGGAUGGAAAAAUAGAAAUGUUGAUAAACAGAGUGGAAUUUUAUUCUCUUAUAUGUACAGUUGCUUAUUUUCUGAAUAUCUGUCUCUAAUGGGACAUUUCCAUCUGUUAGCUAUUUCUGCAAUUUGUAAAAGUCUAAUCUGUGCUAAUUCAAUAAAGUGCUAAUCAUCUCUU